GUCACAGAACUAGAUGCACCACGUAAACCGCAGCAAAUGCGAAACUUUUCUUCUGCCAUAACAAUUCGUAUGAACGCACAACGACGAUAUCUUAUCACCUCCGAUUUGGCGUAAUUAACAAUCGGCUGGCCCAGUACAUUUCUUGUUCGCCCGAAUUCUUCGGCUCUGCUCUUUGACAUUUCCCUCUGCCAGCGAACAAGUGAUUGCGAGGGUGUGGGAGUCAUAGGCAUUACGUGUGGCUUUCCAUUUCAUUUUUUGCUCACACACAAUCGGCAACUGGCGGCGUGAUAACACUCAUCGUACCUUUACCCAGUCCAACUACUACCCAGCUACCUAGACACUCAUCCAUUAAAAGGCCAGCGAUAAAAUGACGGAUCUUAUCAAGCAAGGAGCCCUCUUCCUCAUGAGCCCAAAGUGCUAUGAUAACUACUUCUUGGAGCACAAUUUUUUCGAUGUUCCUUGCUUCAAGGCUUUGCUAAGCAAGGGACUUGGCCUGGCCAUUAUAGCCGGUUCCUUGUUGGUGAAGGUUCCCCAAGUGCUGAAAAUACUGAAGAGCAAGUCUGGCGAGGGUAUCAAUCUAAUGGGUGUUAUGCUGGACCUGUUGGCCAUCACAAUUCACAUGUCCUAUAAUUUUAUGAACGGCUAUCCCUUCAGCUCAUGGGGUGAUACCACUUUCUUGGCUCUGCAAACUGUUGCCAUUGGUGCCCUGGUCAUAUUUUAUAAUGGCAAGAAACUACCAUCAUUGCUAUUUCUCCUUAGUUAUGCCAUCCUACUGUACGUCUUAAAUUCUGGUCUGACGCCCAUGAAGAUCUUGGGGACUGCUCAGAACUGUAACAUUCCCAUUUUGUUGGUGGGCAAGUUGUCGCAAGCCUUUACAAACUACAAAGCUGGCUCAACCGGUCAGUUAUCGGCAGCCACUUGUUUCAUGAUGUUUGCCGGUUCGCUGGCUCGCAUCUUCACGUCCAUUCAGGAGACCGGUGACCGAACUAUUAUCAUCACUUUCAUUGCCUCAUCAUUCGCCAAUGGUGUAAUAGUCGCUCAACUGCUUUACUAUUGGAACAAGCCCGCUCCUGGAGUCAAGAAGGACAAAUCUAAGAAGUCCAAGAGCAAAAAGGAUGAGUAGACGAACAAGAGGCUAAAACAAAAUAAAGAAACUUAUGCUCGACAUUAUAGAACAAAUAUUCAAAAGAAAAAAUUUAAAUAAAAUGUACGAUUAGAGUAAAACAAUAAAUAAUAUCAAUUAACAUUACUAUGAAAAGAA